GCUGAUCCCACGUCCCUCUAGCUCUGCAGUCUGCAGUCUACAAAAAUUGUAGUCUGCUCUGGCCGUCACACCCGCACAGAGAUCCCCUUUCGCGAUCGAUGUUCGACCUUGCGUGACUCGUUACUUCCUGUAGUGAUCUUGAGGCUUGGUCGUGUCAACCAGAUUUAGGAAGUGACCCUACCCAGGUCGUAGUAGGCGUUGGCCGGACGGCUGUCCAGCAAGGAGAAUGCAUCGCAAUGCCUGAAGUGCCUGUCCUCCCCGUGGUGAAGUAAAGCUGGUUAUGGCAAAGCCAUUGUAUGUUGGACGGGCCCCGCGUUGCGGGGUGAAAGGAAUGAAAGGACUCAAGCAGUCAAGCCCAUCUUCUGAUUCGGCUCCAGCGCCUGAUCUAUCUUCUUCGAUGCACAAGAUGCCCAUCAAGCACUGCCUGUCCUUGCCAUCGUCUAGCAUCACCGCGGACGGCGGCAACCGCAGGAGCAGCCGCUCCAGCCUUACGAGCUCGUCCUCGGACACGCGACUCGCGCCGCUCUACGACACUCCCAGCGGCUCGAUGCGCUCGUCCAUGAGCGACAUUGCCACCGAGGCUGCUGGGGCUGGUGGCGAUGGUGAGGCGUGUGAGGCCAUCAGCAAGAGGUCCAUACACGAGGCGGCCACCGUGUUCCGGCCCGCCGUCGGGCGUGGUGCCUCGCCGCAGCGAGAUGGCGGUAAUAGUGUGGUGCAGUUUGCUUCGGACAGGGAAUCGAUGUUCACAUCCGUGGAUGGUGGCGACGUGUACUCUGUCCGCUCAACAGUCUCCUCCACGUCAAUAUUGAGCCACACUCAGUCCUCUGCUGGCGUGCUGCCCAGCACCAGCGGGGCCAGUGACAUUGGUGCGCUCUCCGAGACCAAGAAGAUCACAAGAAACAGCCGGGGAGGUCUGUCACAGUCUCUGAAGCGUUCCAUUCGCAAGUCUCUCCGCAGGUUUUCGGACGCAUUGUAGGCGGAUUUGGCUACAUCACCGCCGCUCGCGAUGGUUAGUU